AUGUCGGCGGGAGACCGAGAGGCCGAGGCGCAAGCCAAGAAGGGAGAUGAGGCUGCGUCGAACGACCGGGACAGCAGGGCCGCGGCCGCGCUGAAGCAGUACUGGUGUGUCGGGCUACGGGCCUUGGAACUGAUCAUCGCAGUGAUUGCUAUCGGUCUCAUUGUUGGGGCUCUGUAUUCCCCACAAGUUGUGCAGUCCGACCAUAGGCAUAUUGCCGUCAUCUAUUCUGCCUACUCUAGCUACAUCAUCAUCACGGGGGUGCUUAUCAUCGCGAGGCUGUUCGGGGAGUCGCCUGGCUGGAGGACGUCUAUCGGGUUCUCAGUACUGGGCGUCAUCAUGUUUACUGCGGCUGCUGCCGUUAUAUUCUAUGACUGGCACAGAUCUUACUACGCAAAUCUCCGUCCGAACAAGCAAGCAUACGACCUCCUUAUAUCUUCGGGAGUAUUUGCAGUAAUAAACGUCGUCGUAUUCCUUGUCCAUGCCUUCAUUACAUUCAGAGAGGAAGCAGACUACUAA